UGACAGCAACAUGGUGUAUUGAGUGGAAUCCUCAUUUUCCUUUCCAUCCUCAAAAAUCCUCUCUUUCCUCUACUUAUUGCAUGCAUGUUUGUGAAAGAAAAUAAGGAUACUAUAAAAGAGAAAGGACAACUACAAUACAUAUAGACAUAUGGUUAGAGCUCGGUCGCUAAAUUCACAGAAACUCAGAGAACACCCAUCCGUCUCUCCUCCCAACAAUCUCUAGUCCAUGAUCUAAAUGGCUCUAACAAAGGAGCUGAACCAGAGAGCCAAGGCUGUUGCAACUACGGCUGCGUGGGUGGUUUGUUGGGGACUCUUCACCGUCAUUGAUGUCGGCAGCGCAGAAAGACUUCUGAGAGCGACCGAGCCAGGUUAUUUCGUUGAGAAAGAAAUGAGACAUGGGUUUGUUGUCAGACUGCUUCAUUUCUUCUGGCAGACUGGAAAAUCUUCUUAUCAACCUGUUUGGCCAGAGAUGGAGUUGGGGUGGAGAAUCGUGCUGGGAUCAGUGAUCGGAUUCUUUGGUGCAGCUUUAGGGAGUGUUGGAGGGGUUGGUGGCGGUGGAAUUUUUGUUCCAAUGCUUACUUUGAUCAUUGGUUUUGAUCCUAAGUCUUCUACUGCCAUUUCCAAAUGUAUGAUAAUGGGUGCAGCAGGCUCGACAGUGUACUACAAUCUAAGACUAAGACACCCAACACUAGACAUGCCCUUGAUAGAUUAUGACCUAGCAUUGCUAUUUCAGCCUAUGCUCAUGCUUGGUAUCAGCAUUGGAGUCACCUUCAACGUUAUGUUUGCUGAUUGGAUGGUCACCGUUCUUCUCAUCAUCCUUUUCUUAGGUACAUCAAGUAAAGCAUUAUUCAAAGCCAUAGAAACAUGGAAGAAAGAGACAAUGAUGAAAAAGGAAGCAGCCAAGCAGUUGGAAUCGGAAUCCAAAGCACUUGAUGGCUCAGGAGAGGAAUACAAACCACUUCCCAGUGGUCCAGGUGCUUCAGCUAAUGAGGAGGUUCCCCUGCAAUACAACAUUUACUGGAAAGAGUUAGGACUACUAGUGUUUGUUUGGGUGGCUUUCCUCGCAGUUCAGGUCAUGAUGACAUAUACAGUAACCUGCUCUGUCAAAUACUGGAUUUUGAACUUCUUGCAGGUACCAAUUGCUGUCUCUGUUACGCUUUAUGAAGCCGUAUGCUUAUACAAAGGCACCAGGGUGAUUGCUUCCAAGGGUAAAGAAAUCACAAACUGGAAGGCACACAUGCUUUUUCUUUACUGUUGUUGCGGAAUAGUAGCUGGCAUGGUGGGCGGAUUGCUUGGGCUAGGAGGAGGCUUCAUCUUGGGACCCCUUUUCCUAGAAUUGGGAAUUCCUCCUCAGCAGGUGGCAAGUGCAACAUCAACCUUUGCAAUGGUCUUCUCGUCUUCCAUGUCAGUUGUACAAUAUUACCUUCUGAAACGUUUCCCAGUCCCAUAUGCUGCUUAUUUUGUUUUAGUAGCUACAAUUGCUGCUUUUACUGGUCAGCAUGUAGUGAGAAGAGUCAUAGGACUACUUGGAAGGGCAUCCAUAAUCAUCUUCAUACUGGCUCUGACAAUCUUUGUGAGCGCGAUAAGUUUAGGCGGUGUGGGAAUAGCAAAUAUGGUCGAGAAGCUGGAGAAUCAAGAGUACAUGGGGUUUGACAAUCUAUGUAACCAGUCUUAAAUAUGAUUUGCAUUUCUAUGGCUGUGAAAUUUCUCAUUCAGAGUAACUUCAUGCACACUACAUUUCUCUUUACAUAGUCAGUCAAGUAUUUGUCCAUUGGUUUUCAAGCAAAGAUUGUAACUUAUUUAUGUUUAUAGAUGCAAAAUUCAUUUUACCAGUGUCUGCUAAAACCUCAAUAGCAGGGUCUAUCGUGUUUUGGUGAGUCUCAUUAGUUAUGUGAGAAAAUUGGCAAUCAGUUUUGUUCUAAGAGUUCUGUAAAACAAUCAUUUGGUGCAAUAUAAGUAGAAAAUACCAAGGUUUUACAUUU